AUGUUUGAUGAGCUCAGUCUUCUUAUGCUCUGUCAUUCGAGGUCUAUAGUCCUCGUUCGACUCCAGGCGUCGUUUCUCUGCAUGGGGAAUCGCUUCGCAACGGCAACUUUGAAUCAAGCGCUCACCCUGAGCCGUGAAGCCAUCAAGAGGGGCGAACCUCUCCUCGUGGGCACGUACAAACUCGGAAUAGUGGAUUUGGCUGAUGGUCGGCUAUUCAACUCCUACACCACUUCGGUAUUCGAAGAGGCCAAAGUGCAGUGCAUCAACAAGACCAUAUAUUUAUGGGUUCCGAUUUUUUUGAAAGCCCCGCAAGUCCUUUUCGAUCUCAAACUCUUGACCAACAUCGAUGCAGGAGAAUUUCUCCUGUAUUUCGACCAACUCUUCGCUAAUGUAACGGUAGCUAUUCCUCGGCCCCCGAAAGUGCCCGGUGCGAGAUCAAAGGUUCUGAAAUUCCAAUUUCUAGGCUCACCCGGGAUCGGGUUUCGAUCGCCUACCCGCGGACCCCUGAGCGCCGCUUUCAGUGCCGUGCUCAACCUUCUUCUCAGAACGUUCAAGUUCCCUGCGGAGCGUAUUGUAGAAAUCAUUAUAGAAGACCGCCUCAUGCGCUACCUCGAAAACAAUGAUUUGCCACUCUGA